UAUAAUUCUAUCUAUAAAGAAACAGACUAGCAGAGGGUACCCGCCCUUUUACAUUUUGUGAUAUGUUGCUAUUAAUGUAAAUCAGGUGAUAUCCUGAUAGGUUUGUAGAAAAAUAUAAAAAGGAUAAAUAGGAAUAUAAGUGGGUCCAACGGGCACCCGUUCAUAUACAUUGGUUAAUCUGCUUGUCUGGUAGCUCAAAGAAACUAAAGAAAAUAGUAGCGUCUAGAAGAAGAAGAAGAAGAAGAAGAGGAAGAAAGAAGAGAUGGAGAAUCAAGAGCAGCAAACCAAGUCAAGAGUUGUAAAGGUGGAUUCAGUACAGUCAUGGGAGUUCUAUGUUACCCAAGCCAACAACCAAGGCUGCCCUAUUGUUGUGCACUUUACUGCUUCAUGGUGUAUUCCAUCGGUGGCUAUGAAUCCUUUUUUUGAGGAAUUAGCCUCCACUUAUCCAGAUGUUCUGUUUCUUACAGUUGACGUUGACGAUGUCAAGGAGGUGGCUUCAAAACUGGAGGUGAAGGCAAUGCCUACAUUUGUGCUGAUGAAGGAAGGUGCUCAAGUUGACAGGCUGGUAGGUGCCAAUCCAGAGGAGAUAAGGAAAAGGAUUGAUGGUUUUGUGCACUCCGUCCGUGUAUAUGUAGCCUAAUAGUGUGUGUGUGUAUAUUGUCUGGAAGAAAGAUAUUUUGUGUAAUUCUGAACAUGUAAAAAUUGUGGUUAUAGUGUCCACAACAGUUUCAAUAGAUUCUGUGUCGGUGUUGUGUUUUUUGUGAGUUUGAUUUCUGUUUUACCAUUUUCUAUCAGAGUUCUCUUCAGAUUUGUCUAAA